AAAAGGAUCGCAAGGGGUGGAAUUUGCUGGAGAUUGAUUCGAAAAAGCGGAAUUUAGGCAAAUAAAGAGAUGUUGUGCUCUGUAUUCUUCUCUCACAUAAUUUUAUUUUUCAAACUUCAUUUUCUUCCUGUAGUCAUGAUGUAUGUGGAGAAGUAAAUCUGGUCUGCAGGCAGUAGACCAUAAGGGUGAGUCUUUAGACUGCUAGCUUGGGACUAAGGUCUAGAAAAACAAAAUAAAUAGGAAGAAAGUUAUUUUAUUCACGUAUAAUGCAGUUGACUUAAAAAUAUUUUAUAUAAGAAUUCUAUAGAUUCUGGCACGAUAUUAUAUGAAUCUUAUCGGAAUUUUAACAGUUUCUUAUAUAAGAUUCUUAUUAAUAUUCUACGCAUUUCCAUCGACUGCCUUAUUAAGAAAUUCAUGAGAUUCCUAUAGGAAUCCUAUAUAAGAUUUUAUCUCUAGGGCAGUGCUAAUCAAAUUAAUAAAAUUAGAAAAUAAAGCAUAACAUAAUUGUGUCUCUUCCCUGGUAAGAAUCUUAGACACUUUUUAAAAUUAUCUUACUAAGAUCUUAUUAAAUCUUAUCUUUUAAGGUCUUGAUAAGAUAAUAUAACAUCUUAGUAAGAUUUGACGACUCUAGUUUCACUCACCCUUUUGCUUUGUUCUCAUUCAUCUCCAUAAGUAACAUCGAAAAUAACUGAAUUUUACAGUGUUAUUUUUCUUUCAGACCUUGCUACUAUUCCCUACUAAUUGUUCAACAACUUUUUAGAUAGUCCAGGAUCCAUGGUCGGAUACUCGAAAAUAUGACAUUUCUCUUCAUUCGUUAAAUCUGUUCAAGUGCUAUUUUUAACAGUGGAGGUUAGAUAUUCAAACCCAAUCUUGAAAAUAUACAACAAUAGAAUCUUAAAUGUAAGCGAAAUCUUACUAAGAUCUUAAAAUAAACUUAUUCAGAUCCUGGUAAGAUUCAAAUAGGUUUCUCACUGGGUUUCUCUCUGCUUCCACUGACAAGUUAAUUAUACCUCAGAAAAAUUAUUUUGAGAACUUAGAGCAAGCAAAUGAGUAGUUCUUAUCAAAGUUUUUUCAUUUUUUAUGAACUGUUAGUUUAUUGCAUGGUUGUAUCUGAUGGGUCCUGCUGCUAUAAUGGAUUGCUACUAAACUGAUGUUCGUUCAAACUUCAGCGGAAACUACUCUCUAAAAAAUAUUUGUACUUUAGAAAACGACAAAAGGUAUUUUGCAUUUGUAACUAAUAGAAACUUGCAUCGUACUCGUUCUUCUUUCCCCCCUAAAUAAAAUUUUCUACUCCUUCUACCUCCUAUUUGGUAGAAAACGGACAAAGUUGGCUAGUUUUGGAACAGCGUUUAAUAAAAGAACCUUCUUAAAGGCUUAGUCAUCAUACAUUGCUUCUUAUCUUUCACUCAGUACAGUGAUUGUUACAAUGUGACCUGAGUCUUUAUUACAUUAUAUAGACACUUCAAGCAUCUAUCGAUCUACUACUGAUGACUACUCAGUAUGCAGUGAUAAGACUUAUCAUUGCAUAUCGAGUAGUCAUCAGUAGUUCUCUAUUUGGUAUGUGUAUUUUUCACUCCUCUAGAUCUCUCUUAUCUACAGUUACUGGAAAAAGUGUUCGUACGAUGGAGGACAAAAAAUUUGUAGCGCCAUUGAGAAAGAAGGAUAGGAAAAUUUCUUUUUUACCAUUGGAUAGCUCUAAGUCUCAGCUUUAUUCCUUGUUAACAGCAGACUUUUAUCUAAAAUUUUUAUAUACCAUAGAACAAUAUUUUUUUUUAUUUUUUUUACAAUACUUUUUGACCUGGCUAAGCUCGGAUACGCAUGAAAACAUGGGUUUUCGACCACGCUGAAUCUCGUAGCAAUGUUUGUUUUCCGAAAAAGCUUCCAGAAACUGGUGAAAAUCUAUACUAGACGAAAUAAUCUAUUUUUUACUAUUUGCACCGAAAAUUAAAAAACUCAUAACUCACUCAAACUUGUUCCAAAAUGCUUCAGAAUAUCAACAUAUACUCCACUGUAUCUGCGCUACACCAUGAAUUUCAAUAACAGUUUCAAAAAGCAAUAGAGAACACUUCGGUUUUUGAAACGUUUUCUAGAAAGCUUCCGGAAUAAGAGAAUGCUUAGCACUAAUCUCUACUACAGAACAUGGUUAAACAGAUAGAAUUCAGUAUAUAUUGAUAUUCUGAAGCAGUCUGGGACUACUUUUAGUGAGUUAUGAGCUUUUUAAUUUUCGGUGCAAAUAGUGAAAAAUAGAUUAUUUCAUCUAGCAUAGAUUGUCACCAGUUUUCUGCAGCUUUUUCGGAAAACAAACAUUACCACGAGAUUCGGCAUAGUCGAAAACCCAUGCUUUCAUGCGUAUCCGAGCUUAGACGGGUCAAAAAGCGUGCUGUUUGGGAUCUCAGUGCGUGAGGAGUUUCCAACGAAGAACAGAAAACUGUGCGACUUGCGUAGCGUUGUGGAGGAGAUCCCGAGCUAUCAAAUGAACUCAUUUUUAUCGAAAAAAGACUAAAGCUUCCCCGACUGGCAAGGUGAUUUUCCAAAAACCUUCCUGAAAAACCACUCGAGAUCCGCCUAAGAGCUUUGAAGUCAAGAAUAUUUUUGACAAUUUCGUAAAUACCUUUUUUCCAUAUAAACUUUUUUAAAUAUAAACUUUUAGAAAAAAAAGAUUCCAUUCAUUCCCGCUAACACGUGUUAGGUACUUGUUUUUCUUCCACUCAAUUUUUUUAAAAUAAAGUUUCAAAAGAUACCAGAAAAGUCCAUUUGUGUCAAAAUAUAAUCAAAUGCUGUUCCGUCUGUCUAUUAUGUUAAAUUAGUGUUUCUAGCUUAGGAUUUACAUUCUGUUUUUUUGGUAGCGUUCCUCCUUUCAAAAUUUUGCGAUUCCUCCUUAAUACCUCUUUUUUUUUUAGAAAAACCUCAGUACGAAGCCAGAAUAGAAACCUUUUUUAAAGUACGAAUAAUUUUUAGAGAGUAGUUUCCGCUUAGAAUCACAACAUACAUGGAUUGUUUCUAUAUUGAAAAAAGACAUAAUAUAUUUUUUGUUUUCAUGAGAUUCUCAUCAUAAGAAUUGAUGCUAUUUAAUUGUUUUCUUAUGAACUUAUCAAGUAAUAGUACAAUCCAAUGCUGUAUCAUACAAUUUAUUAUUUCCUAUUCAUUCUUUUGUUUUAUUCCCUCUAUAACUUCAACCAUAUGAUAAAUUGGAAUGAAAUUUGAGAUAAUAAGUAAGUUUAAAAAAAAAAGAAAAAUGAGAUUAAUUCAUUGACCAGAAAUAGAAAAGGAAAAGAAAUUUUUGAGCUAAAACUACUUACACACAUUGUUGAUAAGAUAAAAAAGUUGUGAGUAUUCUUUGUUUACAUGUGUAAGCAGUCCUGUUCGUUUUAUGUUCAUUAUCAUGAUGUAUUUUUUUAUAAAAUGAAUAUUUGAAUACAGAUAAGUCUUUGAUUUAUUUUAAUAGUUGAGGAAAAAAUGCCGCAUCAUCCAACUUUAAGUUUGUCAAGAUAAGACAGAAAAGAACAGCUUGACAAUAAUAGAGAGAAAUAAAUAAAUAAUUAAAAGUAGUAUGUUUUAGAGAGAAAACAGACGUGUUCGACAUCAUAAGAAAAAGAUUACUAAGUGUAUUUUGAUGAAGAAAAAACAUUAGUCGAAAUGGAAUAAUGGUACUAGAGAGUUUGUUUAUAGUGAGAGAUUUAACAUAAUUAUCAGACAAUAUAUAACUUUUGAAAGUCAAAAUAUCUGAGAAAAUUUUUUUAUUAAUAUUUAACUUUUUUCUAUUUAGUGGCUUAGUUUUCAACUGCCAAAAGCUCAUAAUAUGCCGUUAACCGAUUUACCAAUCACCGUUAAUACAAGUAAUGAUGAGAAGUCUGAUGAUGAAGAACAAUUAUCAACAACUACGACUAUAAAUUCAAAUCGUCAUUGUAAUGUGGCAAUUACAGUACAACCAAAUCAUUUAGCAAAUGGUCUCAAUUCUGCUAAUCAUUGUCAAAAUGAAUACGAAAAACAUUUGAAAGCCAAACUACGAUUUUUCUUUAUGAGUCCAUGUUGGAAAUGGAGAUUAAAGAGACAAUUUCCGUGGAAAGCUUGUUUUCAGUUGUUAAAAAUAAUUGUUGUUACAACACAAUUAAUUUUAUUCGGAAUGGAACGAGAAAUGCACGUAAUCUAUAUUUCUGAAAGCAAUAUUACAUUUCAUCAUUUAUUUUUAAAAGAAUGGAGUUCAGCAUUUGAAACACUACCCUAUCCGCAAUCAAUUGGAGAUUAUGCUGUUUAUACAGAUCACGAAUUUAUAGAUCAAAUAAAUUAUGCUAUUAAUAGAUACAAUAAUAUGACAAAAAUAUCACUUGGAUUAUUUGGUUUCAAUAUACAUAACAAUGGAAACGCUAGUGAACACGAAAAAAAUGUUAAAAUAUGUCUAAAUCGAUUUCAUACAUGUAUAAUGUUUCCAAGCAAUCAUACAUAUCAAUUAAAUCCACUUAUCGAAGAUAGUAAACUUAAUUUUGUAACAAUUGAAUUUGUUUUGAAUACAAUACAAUUAAAAAAUCUUAAACCGUUUAGUCAACCAGACUGUUAUCAUUUUCAAGUUAAGUUAAUAUUUGAUAAUAAUGCACGCACAGGAAAAAUUCGUGUUCGGUUAGAUUCUCAAGCUGAACUUCGGUCAUGUAAUGGUAAAUUAAUAAAUCCCCAUGAUUGGACAUUAAUGCGUCGAGAUUUGUUACUUGUGUACGAUUGUUUUGUAUUGAUAAUUAGUUUUAUAUCGUUUAUACUAUGUGUAAGAUCACUCUACCAGGGUCAUCGACUAUGUAAAGAAGUGGUCGAGUACUAUAAUGAAAAAUAUGUCAAAAAUCGACCAAAAAUAUCAACACAAACUAGAGAUACAUCUUCUAUCGGUACUACUAAUAGAAAGAAGAAAAGAGAAAUUCAACCGAAUAAAUUACAAUUUAGUGAAUAUUAUCAAUUUUAUAGUCCAUGGUAUUUUCUUAUGAUUAUCACAGAUUUACUGGUGAUUGCUGCAACAAUAAUUAAGAUUUAUAUUUUGUUCAAAUUAGUUGAUAAUUAUGACGCAGCAGGUCUGUUAUUAGGUAUCAGCAGUCUGCUUGCGUGGUUUGGCGUAUUACGUUAUUUAUCUUUUUUUAAAAAAUAUAAUUUGUUAUUUGUUACAAUAAAACGUGCAUUACCGUUAUUAUUACGCUAUGUUCUAUGUGUAUUAAUUAUAUUUUGUGGUUUUAUGUUUUGUGGAUGGAUUGUUCUUGGACCAUAUCAUUCAAAAUUUCGUACAAUUACAACAACAUGUGAAAAUAUGUUUUCACUAAUAGCUGGUGAUGAUAUGUAUACAACAUUUACCAAUUUGAAAACUGAAUCAAUUUAUGUUUCAUUAUUCUGUAGACUCUAUCUUUUCACCUAUAUUAGUCUAUUUAUUUAUGUUGUAUCAAGUCUAGUUAUCGCGCUUGUUAUUGAUGGUUAUGAUACUGUAAAAACUUUUUACAAACAUGGUUUUCCAAAAAGUGUUUUAGAACGUUUUUCUGAAGAAGAUUUACCUCUACGAGAACGGCGUGAUACUACAACUGCCACUGAUACAAGAGCAUUAUGUUUACCAUGUUGUUGUCCAUCAGGUUAUCCGAUGUCACCCAAUAUCAGUCUUGGGGCUCCCAGCAAAACUGAUACCACACCUAGAACUACAGAGAUUGAACUUACUGAUCAAGAUAUCGUACAUAGCUCAGUUUUCAUAGUUCCAUAUGAAUCAUUCCAUGGUGAAGAAAAUGAUGAUGAUGUACCACCAUUGCAAUUAUAA